AUGGGUUCCGGUGAUCUGAACAUGAAAAAGAGCUGGCAUCCACAGCGAUCAGGGAACGUCGCCGCCACUCAAAAAGCCGAAGCCGAAGCGAUCGCCGAGCGCAAGAAGCUGCAACAGCGCCUGCAAGAAAUCGAAGAAGAGCGGCGCAAGGAGGAGAUCCAAAAGGCCCUCGAAGCCGCCGGCGGCAAGCGCAAGAUCGACCGCGUCGAAUGGAUGUACAGCGGCCCGACCGACGGCCAGGCCGGCGACUCUGCCGAGACCGAAGCCUACCUGCUCGGCAAGCGGCGCAUCGACAAGCUCCUCCAGGACAACGACACCAAGAAGGCGCUGUCGAAACAACCCCAGCAAGAUCUUCUGUCGGCUGCCGGGCCGGCGCCGGCGGUGACCAAUGCCCGCGAUGUGGCGACCAAGAUUCGCGAAGACCCACUGCUUGCCAUCAAGAGGCAGGAGCAACAGGCGUACGAGGCGAUGAUGAACGACCCCAUCAAGCGGAGACAGCUGCUUGCAUCUAUGGGCAUUGAUGACUCGCAGAUCGCGAAGAAGGAUGGAAAAGAGGAACGACGACACAAGCACCGCUCCUCUCACCACCAUCGCUCGGACCGACAUAGGGGUCGCGACGACGACCGUGACCGCGAUAGAGACAGGGAUAGAGAUAGGCACUCCCGCCGACGCAGGUCCGACUCUCGAAGCAGGAGCCCACGGAGGCGCAGCGAUUCAGAGGAAGACUGCAGCAAGCGGCGCAGACGAGACUCGCCCGACCGGACAAGGAGGCGAGACCGGGAUGAAAGCCCCAGGAGCCGGAGAGUCAGGGACGAUAGCAGAUCGCGAAGGCAUGGGUCUCGAUCCCGCUCCAGGUCAAGGUCACCUGGCGGCGGCCGUUCAUCACGAAGAAGGGAGUAUUCCCCAGAGCGUGGUGAAAGCAGACCAUCUUCGCGCAGGGAUGACCGCAACCGUGAUCAGCGUCCACCACGGAGGGAAGAUGACCGAUCAAGAUACAACGGCGGGCUUAGAAGAGGAGGCAGACCGCCGCCGCAGCAGUCGGGUGGUGAUGACAAGAAAGAGGAGGAAGAGCGUGCCAAGAAGCUGGCUGCCAUGCAAGCGGCUGCCACCGACCUGGACAAAGCUCGCGAGGAGCGGCUCAAGGCCCUCGCAGAAGCAGAGCGAGCGGAGAGAGAGGCGGAUGAGAAGGCGCGCCAGCAGAACAAGAAGUAUCGUGGAGGUGAUGCCGGGUUCACGAGUGGCCUGCAUAGUAGGGCGGCCGACAUGAAGAUUGCGGACCGUAUGAAUGGGAGAGUUUGA